AAUAACCUUUCCUUAUCUUCGGUUCUCAGUCUUGUCGAAUAACCCUCAAUAUGCUGUGAAAAUUACUCUCAAUGAGCGUCUCACAGGAGGCAGAGUUGGAGAGAGAUGCACAGCUAGUUACAGGUGUGGGAGGUGGUGCUUCCUGUUAUGCUGCGACUUGCCCACGCACUGUGUAUAGCUAUUCAGUAACCGUAAACGAUGUGAACUCUCUCUCUGCAUUCCUUUCCACUGGUCAACACGUGGACAAUUUGCAACUGCGUUGUCGAUUUUCAUCUGCCAAACAACGAGCUGUAGAAACUUUAUUUGUUUUUCUUCUCAUCAAGUACUUAUUCCCAAUUCAGGUCGCCUCUGCUUGUCUCUGUGACCCAGAUAUGAGUUUCUUGUGUUAAUUGGAGUUCUUGGUCUGCUUUUCCUGCUACAAUCAGCGACGACCGUGUAAGCUCAUCUUUGGUUCUAACUCCACGUUCCAUUUACUUUUUAUACUGGAAGAAUAACUCGCCACUCUGUUGUUUGAGUCUUCAAAUGGGAGAGGCAAACCAGGGAAAGGCUCUGCAAACCAAACUUUCCAAGCUAGACGAUGAAAACCCAAGAAACCUUUUGCUGAGAUUCUCACCGGAGAAACCGAAGCAAACCCAAUUAUUACCCAAUUCUGAACCACAACUAGACCUCAGUCUCAGACUCUCUUUGGGCGGAGGUUACAGUGAACUCUUCAAGGAAAAGCCUAUAACCCGGUCAUCUUCGGUCGAUGGAAUAAUAACGGAGAAGGUAAAUGCCCGCGAAUCCGACUCGACCUUGCCGGGAAUCUUUCUUUCUUUGCAGAGAUCUUGCUCGCUUCCUGUGGAUAAUGUGCAAGGGCAGAUUAAGCUCAAGGACAUGCAAACAAAGAGGAGAACGGAGGCCCAGAAGAGGCUGGUUGAGAAGCAGAGAAGAGGCAGGGCAGCCACAGAGGAAGCAAAGCCUUCAGCUGAGGCGACGGUGCCACCACCGACACCUACGUCUGAAGUUGCUGCUUGGGCAGUGGCUUCUGCGUCGAGGAGCCCUGCACUUUGUCGGGCCAUUAUAAAGAUCAAAACGGAGGGAUUUGUGUCUGGGCACCGAAAACUUGAGGAUGGAGAUGUGGCUGCAGCAAAUGGUGCUCAUAGUUCUCACUCAUUGCCUAAUCCAAUGGACACUAACCCUGUGGUCAUUCCUGGAGCAACAGCAAAUGGAAAAUCAGUCGAACUUUCUAAGCCUAAGCUGGAGAAUCCAACCAAGAAGGUUAGACUUUCUAAAGGCUGCUAUCAGGACAAUGGGAUGGAUGUGAUGAGACAGAUGCCUAGCGUGACUACAACUGGAGAUGGCCCCAAUGGUAAGAAAAUUGAAGGGUUUUUAUGUAAGUACACAAGAGGUCAAGUGAGUAUAGUAUGUGUUUGCCAUGGUAGCUUUCUCUCUCCAGCUGAAUUUGUCAAGCAUGCCGGUGGGAAGGAUGUCAAAAACCCAAUGAAGCACAUCAAUGUUUUCCCUUGCUUCUAGUCCUUUUAGGUAGUUUACUGGUGGUGGCUUUGGUCACCCCUUCUGAAAUGAUAGCAAAUGAACAACCUGAACCUAGUAAGAAGCUUUUCUGUUUUACUUAUCUUUAUCUUUUGCCCUCAAAUGUUCGGUUAAAAUUGAAAACUUCUAAGUUACCAUGUCAAUUUGAAGCUUCUUAGUUUUCUUUCA